CUUUUUGAGACUUCAAGUGAUUUAGUAUUUGAAUUCCUUUCUUCACUCAAGACACCAGACAUAGCAAGAAUGGCAGCACCAACCAUUACGCUCAAGCCUUCUGGCCAAAAGAUCGCCCAGGUUGGAUUUGGCCUGUGGAAAGUACCCAAUGACAGCACGGCGGACGUCGUGUACAAGGCGAUUGAGAACGGCUAUCGCCACUUCGACGGGGCUUGCGAUUAUGGGAAUGAGAAAGAAGCCGGUGAAGGUAUUCAAAGAGCGAUCAAGGAUGGUCUCGUCAAGCGAGAGGACAUCUUCGUGACCACCAAGCUGUGGGCGACUUUCCACUCACCAGAGCACGUCAAGCAGAUCGCAAAGAAGCAACUUGCCGACUGGGGUCUUGAGUAUUUCGACCUAUACCUCAUCCACUUCCCACUUCCACUCCAAUAUGUCGACCCAGCUGAGCGGUAUCCGCCUGGCUGGUCCAUUGCGGCGGACAAGUGGGAGACCAAAACCGCUGCCAUUCCACUUGCUUCGACCUGGAAAGCGAUGGAAAGUCUUGUCGAUGAAGGGCUGGUAAAGAACAUCGGUGUCUGCAACUUCCAAGGAGCUUUGCUGCUGGAUCUGACCCGGUCCGCACGAAUCCAACCAAGCAUGCUCCAGAUCGAACACCACCCCUAUCUCGUGCAGCCACAGUUGAUGGAUCUGUGUAAAGACCUGGGUAUUGCCGUUACAGCCUACUCAAGCUUUGGCCCACUCAGCUACCGAGACUUGCAAAGUCCCAAAGCCAUGGGUACUUCGUUGCUUUUUGAGAAUGACGUGGUCACCUCCACGGCCGAGAAGCAUUCGCGGACUCCUGCUCAGAUCCUCCUCAGAUGGGCAGUGCAACGGGGUCUCAUUGUCAUUCCUAAGUCGAAUGAUGCAACGCGCCAGAAGCAGAACCUUGAUCUGUACUCGUUCGAGCUGUCGUCAGAAGAGAUGGAAAGCAUCAGCUCUUUGGACAAAGGACUGAGAUUCAACGAUCCGGGCGAUUACCUGAACCCUCCUCAAAGGAUCUUUGCAUAAACAUUCUCAGCUUCCAGCUGCAGUUGGACCUUGUCUCCCUGAUCAUGGGGAUGGCGCUGUUCAAGGCCAUCCCUAAGCACAGCAACAGCGGCACUCACAAGAAGAAAGCUGGAGAGGCCGCGAGGAGCAGACAAGCGGCAUCAUAGGGCCUUCCAGAAUCAACUUCGAGGAAGCGAUAGAACGUGAGCUGAAGCGCGUCCAGAAACAAGCCCGCUAUGCAGCAGGGCAUAGGGAUGUAUCCGAUGUUACGAAGUAGUUGUGACAAGAUACGCACCGAGUAGCACCGCGCAUCCGAUCGCAUGCAGGAUAGGAUGUAGCUGAAUGACAAAU